CUUAAGUUUGUAUUGUGUUCUUUGCUAUCGACGUCGCCAUUUAUAAUAUUUAGUCGCGAAAUAUUAAAAUUUUGUGAAUUUAAAUGUUUUUAUUCUUGCGAAUAGUAAAAAUUAAAAUAUUCUUUUUACUUUUAAAAUAUCCCUAAACGGUUUACAUUGGAUGUGUCAAUAUUAUACAUAAAUGCAAUAAAGCAAUUAUAAAAUGUUAGAAGAUAUUUUGCAAGCAAUAUUUGGAUUCUUGAUAAAUUUCACUAAAAAGAAAAAUUAGAAAAAAAACAUUUUAUCUCAUAUAAUUACUUUAUCUGAAUAAACAAUUCUUUAGUUUUGACAUAAACAAAUGCUAUUAAAAGAAUAUAUUAUAAUUGUAAACGUUUAAAAUACCAGAACGUCUGCAUAGUGUAAACAACAUGAGUGAACGCGACGUACCCAGUGUACCCGUGACUACAUUAGCGGGUCUAACGAGUUUAUCCGACUUGCUGAGUGAGUUACCAGUUUCUGAAUCUUUCGGAAAUACAACAUCAUCAUUAAAUAGAACGCUCCUGUUCCACACUCUUGUAGCCAGCGAAUCCAAAAAUUUAUUAUCAGUACGUGAUGACAAUUUAACAAGACAAUUGGUGCAAGCAAUUGAAAAAACUGAUCCAGAAAAUAUCGAAUUGAAGCCACAAUAUGAAAUUCAGCAAAACGAAGUGAAUGGAGGUACCUAUCCUGAAUUAUUGCAAGGAAUUUAUAAAUUUCGUCCCAAUGUUUUUAUAAAAGAUAAUCAUUUAACUUUGAAAGGUGAAAAUAAUUUGGAUAUUAAACAAAAUCCUGAUUGGUUGCCAUUAGAGAAAGAACCGAAAAAUCGGAGUGUAACCGGCAUUACGCAAACUAUAAGAAAUGACAAAUCUUCUAUUGAACAUGAAACAAAAUUAUCUGAUGCAAGUACUGAAAGGGAUUCUAACUCAUUAACAAGUUUGAGGACUUUACAAGAAAAUGAUGUGCAUAAUAAACAAUUAAAUGAUUCCAAAGUAAAUCCAUCUACAAUUGUAAAAAUACAAGACUGUAGUACGAGCAUUAUUACAUCAGUAUGUAAUUCAUCAAUAAUAAAUAACAAUACAUCGAGUACCAACGAGCAAGAUGAAGGUAUUGAAGAUAAUUUAAGUAAUCCAGAUAAACCUAAUUUAACGAGCACUGCGGUACAAGCAGAUUUUAAAAAUGUUUUAAAUAUGCAGAGGCAGUUAUCGAACUCCAUUCAACAGAAAAAUAUUACUGAAAACUGUAGCCCCAAAAGUAGUUUCCCAUCACCAGCGGUGACAGCAAAACAAAUUGCAAAGGAGUCAACAAUAACAAUAAAGUCAACUCAUGGUUGCAACAAAUCUCGUUUUUUGGUACGUAUAAAUCGGAUUAAAGCCGAGGAUGUACGUCUUAUGCAACAAAGUAUUAAAGAAUUUAUAAAAAAGUCACCAGAAUUGGCAAAGAAAAUGUGUUUGUUAAAGACCGACAUAUCAGGCGCGGUGAAGAGUGAAACAGAGGAUAUACAUUCGGAACUAAAAGACUUACAACAGCAAAUGGAAAAAGAGACAACCAAAGUGAAUGAUUCGGAAGAAAUCAAAACCGCGGUUUUAGAUGAUACAUUCAAUAUUAUGAAGGCACAUGAAAAAGUAGCACAAAAACGUAAACACCCGACACCUGUUGAAGAUAUUCCACCGGAACUAAUAUUCACUAAGCCAAAAGUACGAAGAGUAGAGCGUAACAUCUCUGCACAUAUCCCCAAGUGUUCAAAAGAUGAUGUUCUACGUUCACAAACAUAUCAGCAAUUUAUGCGUAAUAUGGAACAAAUAAUUGAGUUAUUGGAUGACACGGAAUCACCGAACUUCGAGUCUGAUGACGUUGAUGAAAAUAUAGAGUGCAUUUCGGCCAAAAUGUUAAAUACAAUGAGCAAUGACGUAGCAAAACUUAAGGCAAAAAAUGUUCUGGAUUUAAUACCAAAAAACAAGCUAACCUUAUUAAUAAACUAUGCUAUGCGUAAUGUUUAUUUAGCAAAAAAUUACUCUGCAGGUCCAGAUGAUGAAGAUGAAAUAUUUGACGAUGAAGUCAUGGAAAAAAUAUUGAAUGCAAUUGAGGCUUGUUUACUUAUUUGUAAUAUAUAUUCAACAGUGAAUGAUUUAAAAUUCCUGCAAGAAGACAAUAUAUCGCUUAUUAUCAAAUUCAUUCAAUUUCAAUUGAGGGAAACUAUUUUUCCGUCAUAUGAUUCCGUAUAUACUGUAAAAAGUAUGAAGAAAAACGACAAUAGAAAAAAAACAAAAACCCAUCAAAACCACAACCGAAACCUUCAUUUACUUUAUUCUAAAGUCGUUGAAUUAAUGAAAGUUUUUGUAAUGUUAUUUGACAAAUGCAUUUUUGUAGAUACUAUUGUAUUACCUCUAUCUACUCUUGCGAUUGAGCCAUUUUUUGUGGAUAACAUCGAUACAUUACAGUUUGUAUGUUUAGAGCUAGUUACAACGAUAUUUCGAAAGGAGCAUUAUGAUAAAAUUCGAAGCAGCAUACUAGGUGAUAUUUUAUCAUCUAUUGAUCGUUUACCAUCAUCGAAAAGAAACCUUCGUCCAUUUAAGUUAACUAAUAAUGGCGGGAACAUACAAAUGGUGACUGCCUUAGUUCUACAGCUAAUUCAAUGCGCUACAAUUUUACCCGAUUCAUUGUGCUCAAAUGAUAAUUUAAAGUCAGUAGAUUAUGAACAAAACGAUGUUUCAAAACCAAAAAAGCCAAAUGUUGAUGUUGUUGUUUUAAAAAAAUAUGAUGUAGCAAUAAGUAUUGGAGGAAAUUUUCUCACAACUUUUCUUAAUAAAUGUAAAUCUCGGUCAAACGAAACAGAUUUUAGACCACUAUUUGAGAAUUUUAUACAUGACUUACUGUCAACAGUAAAUAAGCCUGAAUGGCCAGCAUCUGAAUUGCUGCUUUCCCUACUUGGAACGAUGCUAGUACGAUAUGUUUCAGAUAAAACUAUAGAACAAAGUAUUCGUUUGGUAUCAUUAGAUUACUUGGGAAUUGUCGCAUCGCGAUUACGAAAAGAUACAGUCGAAUCUAGAUGUAAAGUUAACAUAAUCGACUCUAUGAUAAAAUCUAUAAAAGUCGAACAGGAAAGGGAAGGUGACCUACCAACGAUUAAUAACAAAAUAAAACUAGACCCCGAAGAAGAAAGAACAGAAUUUCUCCAAAAAAUUCUUUUAGAUUUUUUGGCAGUUAAUGCUCAAGAAGAGAAUUUAAUAUGGGAUUAUGCUCGACAUUUCUAUUUAGCUCAAUGGUAUAGAGAUAUUAUAUACCAACGACGAAGGGUUGCUGAUGGCGACAAACGAUAUGCCUCUAGAAAGAAAAGCAAUAUUCGACAAAAACAUCGAAAAGGUAAGAUUUUAUUACAGCUUAUUAUUGGUUUAACCUAUGUAUAUGACAAUACCUAA